AUGGCCGACUCCUACAAUCGAAAUGGACAUGUGACGGAACUGCGGCCAUCGCAUUAUCUUGAGAACAACAAAAAUGAAGGCCUCUCUCAAGACGCUCCUGCGUUGAUCCUCUUGAAUACCCCCUUGGACGACCUCGAAUACUAUCGAAGCUUGAAGUCCCAUGCUCAAUACAUCCUUUGCGCCGACGGCGGCGCCAAUCGCCUCCACGAUUUAUGCAUUGCAGCAACCGAUGGAAAGGACUGGAGAGAUGCAUUGAAAUCUGAGCUUCCCGAUAUUGUCCAUGGAGAUCUUGAUUCCCUCCGGGAUAAUGUCCGCGAACAUUACGCAGAGCUAGGAGUCAAGAUCACACAGGACCCGGAUCAAUACAGCACCGAUUUCGGCAAGGCCAUCAAGACUGUUGUUUCCCAUUCACCCCAUGCUCGAGAAGUGCUAGUCCUUGGCAGCGUAGGCGGCCGUGUGGAUCAAGGCAUCGGCUUACUGCAUGAACUCUACCGCGAGCAGAAGACAGAUCAUUCAGGGCUACGAUUCUGGUUCUUUUCCGWAUCUAGUGUCACCGUGCUACUGCGGCCAGGCACGACGAUCAUUCAUACUCCGUUGAAGGAGCGGCUGAUCACACCAAAUGUAGGAAUAUUACCUCUGUACGGCAAAGCUGUGAUAUCCACCAAAGGCUUGGAAUGGGAUGUUCAAGACUGGCCAACGGAGAUGGGAGGAAACUUGAGCACUUCCAAUCAUAUCGUCGCGGAUCAGAUCUCCAUAAGCACUGAUUUCGAUGUUCUUUUCACGGUUGAACGGCAAGCGAAGUUGCCAUGA